CAGAAUCGUGAUUUACAUAAGAAAAGCUUUAAUAUUAUACUGCAUUUGUUUUCAUUAAACUUCUUUCAUUUGAUCAAAUAUCAUUUGACAGUAUCUGAUUAACACAGAAAUCACUUUAUGUUAAAUGUAAGUUUAGGAUACCACUGAGAUUUUCUUUAUCAACUGUUAAAAAUUUCCACAUUAAAAUGGAAAGCGCCGUCUGUAGGUCGUUUCACACAGCCGUCCAAAAAGCAAAAGUUUUACGAUGAGGAAAAGCGUCGUUUGGAUAAUUUCCCACUUCUUUACAAUCAUCGUAAUAGAUUUGGCGAUUUCCGCUAAAACUCAGUGGAAGUGUGAGGAACAGAAACUAAUGAGAAAGUUAUUCAAACACUACGAACGGUCUGUAAGACCAAGGUGGAACUCCAGCGAAACGGUCUUGGUCAACGUUCGAUUUUCUCUUCAGCAGAUUAACGAUCUGGACGAAAAGAGACAAAUACUCAAAGUAAGCGGUUAGUAAUUAAGGACGCCGAAUGUUAUUAAUUAAAAAUAUUUAAGCAAAAUAUAGGUAUAAAUAUAAUUUAGACAUUAUCAAUAUUUUUAAAAACGAACGUCUUAAUUUCACCUUCGUUCAACCUCAUUAUUUUUCUUUAUUUUUUUAUUCUUUUUUCACCCUAGUCCGCACUAUUCCUUUUGUUUUAUUUAGUGUACUGGUAUCCCUCAAUUCCAGUAGUAGUCUCUGUUAAAAAAUUAACUUUUUUAUCAGUCUUACAAGUGGGACAUACACAGAUAGAUAGUCCGUUGUCCCCUGUGCUUUUUCUUUAAUUUCUUCCCUUUAUAUUUUAAUCAUCUUGCUAACUUUACUAAAGAAAGAAAAAGUAUUUCGCCUGCAAAUACAAAAUCGAUAUUUCUAUCUCCUUUUCCCUGAGUAAUACAUACUAAAAAAAACAAGGCGUCUCCUUGAAGAGAUAAGCUAAUCUACAAUUAUUUCGGUGAAAUUCACAUAGCGAAAGUAAUCGUUCACAAUUAUUGAAUGAACGUGGAUACGGACAGCUGCUCGAUAUAUGAUUUCAUAUAUUGACAAGAAAAGGUAUCUUUUCAACCAAUAACGGAAGAGAGAUUUCCUAAAGGGAAACUUUCAAAAAUGAAAAGUUGAGUGAAGAGAAAAAAACGUCAAGACAGGGUAUUCCUUUCUUAUUUCUAUUAGGGAAAACACUCGUCAUAAAGGGAAGAAUUAGAUAAAGUGUAUUUAUUCAAUGAAUUAAAUAACGGGCGUCCUUAAACGAAUAAAAAAAUUAUAAGGCUGGCUAACUGCUGAAUGGACUGAUGAAUUCUUAACAUGGAAUAUCGAGGAAUAUGGCAAUCUAAGAUCUAUUGUAGUUGAUCCAAGAAAAAUGUGGAUACCUAAAUUGGCUAUUGGAAAUAGCGCCAACAAACUAUUCGAUGGCGAACAUUACAGACGGUUUUGGAUUACAGUACGACAUGACGGAAGUGCCCGGUGGCAACCCGGAGGAGUUUUUGCAAUUUCCUGUGCUCUAAAUAUGAACUUUUAUCCAUUCGACGAUCAAAAAUGUACCAUUGAACUUGAAACUUGGGUUUACACAGCUGAUAAAGUGAACCUAAGUAACUCGAUGGAUGUUAUAGGUUUAGAUACAUAUAUUAAACACGGCGAGUGGGAUAUUAUAAAGACACAAGUUAGCAGUGUGAACAGGGUUUACCGAUAUUACCAGGAUCAAUUUCCAGAAGUUUACUUUACUUUACACAUCCGGCGGAAGUAUACGUUCUAUCUUGUCUACAUCCUCCUACCAUGCCUGAUGCUAUCUGGAGUUUUAUUAAUGAUAUUUUUGGUACCAGCUGAAAGUGGAGAAAAAGUAUCUCUUGGAGUAUCAAUAUUAGUAGCAAUUUCAGUUUUUCUUCUCUUGGUCGCUGGUAAUGUACCAGAUACAUCAGAUGCCAUACCAAUUAUAGCCAUCUAUCUUACAUACUUUAUGAUGGCAAAUACAAUAGCUGUGGCCAUGGCUGUCCUUGUUAUACGAAUGCACUUCCGGUCAGCAGAUCAUGCCCCACCAAAUUGGCUGAGAACUUUAAUACUCGUUUAUAUAGCCCGAUUGAUCGGCUGGCCAUUGGAAUGCGAAGCGGAAACGGCCGUUAAGAAGAUUAGAAAGAAGAAAAAAGAAUCUGAUCAAAUUGUUUGGACGGAAACAAUUGAAUCUUCCUUAACCUUAAGAGCAUCAAACCACAAUAAUGAAACUGAGAGGCCAGGGGAACACCUGGAAUUAUUAACGCCAGUACACCCAACAACCUCAAACGGUAAAGUUAAGAAUGAUUGGAAGUUAAUGGCCGAAAUAAUGGAUAAAUUCUUUUUUUACUUAUUUCUAUUCUUUCUAAUAGCUCCUACUGUGGUUAUUCUUGUAGUAGUGAAAUUAUUUAAACCCCAGUUAUGACAUGAAUACCUAGCUUUGAUAUAUAAAUUUGUCAAUAUGAAUUUCACUACUAGUUUUCGUUUGUUUGUAUUCAAUCUUGUCACAACAAAAAAUAAUAUUUCAAUGAACUUUAGAUGAAGAAAGGGAAAGCUUUAUUAGCUUUAUCUUAACCUUAUGUUAAUUAAAGUCUCAACUCAAACAAACAAAAAUGCUCAAGGACAUUUGCUUAUCCCCAG